GCCACAGGUUUCCAUCCUGCCUCGUGGGGAGCAGCCCUGUGCUACAGCAACCCUGAGCAGAGCAGGGGGAGCUGCCUGCACCCUGUGGGACCUUCUGCCCUUCCUGAGAAGUGAUGGCAUCGCUGUGGGUGAGAGCUCGGAAGCUGUUCAUGAAGAGUCGUUCUUCAGGUCUGUCGGCGAAGGCAGCCCCGGAGAUGGGCAGCGGCGGCGCGGACAGGGGCUACCGGAUCCCCGCCGGGAAGGGCCCGCACAACGUGGGCUGCACGGACCUGAUGACCGGCAACGCGGCCGAGGGCAGCUUUUUGCGCCUGUAUUAUCCAUCAUGUGACGACACAGAGAUUGAAGAGACGCCGUGGAUUCCGGACAAAGAGUACUACCAGGGGCUGUGUGACUUCCUCAACAUGUACCGGGCUGUGGGGGAAAGGCUUUUCCAAUACUAUGUUGGUUCAGUGACCUGUCCUGCAAAAUCUAACGCUGCUUUUAAGCCAGGAGAAAAAUACCCACUGCUCGUUUUCUCCCAUGGACUGGGAGCUUUCAGGACCAUCUACUCCGCUAUCUGCAUAGAGAUGGCUUCUCAAGGCUUUCUAGUGGCAGCUGUGGAGCACAGAGAUGAAUCGGCUUCAGCAACGUAUUUCUGUAAGAAGAAGGGUGAUUCUGAGCCAGAGGAGGAGGCUGCGUCAGGUGUGGAGAAGGAGUGGAUCUACUACAGGAAGCUCAGGGCAGGGGAGGAGGAGCGCUGUCUGCGGCACCAGCAGGUACUGCAGAGAGCACAGGAGUGCAUCAAAGCGCUCGACCUCAUUCUUAAAAUCAAUUCAGGAGAGGACGUGAUGAAUGUGCUGAACUCAGGCUUUGACUGGAACCACCUGAAGGAUUCUGUUGAUACUAGCAGAAUAGCUGUGAUGGGACACUCUUUUGGUGGUGCUACAGUUAUUGAGAGUCUCAGCAAAGAAAUUAGAUUUAGGUGCGGCAUUGCCCUGGAUGCAUGGAUGCUGCCAGUGGGCGAUGACACUUACCAAAGCAGUGUGCAGCAACCACUGCUCUUCAUCAACUCGGAGAAAUUCCAGUGGGCUUCCAAUGUCUUAAAGAUGAAGGAGCUCAGCUCCAACGAUACCAACAAGAAAAUGAUCACCAUCAAGGGAUCGGUACAUCAAAGCUUUCCUGAUUUUACUUUUGUGAGCGGAGAAAUCAUUGGAAAGUUUUUCAAGUUAAAGGGAGAAAUCGAUCCAAAUGAAGCUAUUGAUAUAUGCAAUCACGCUUCAUUAGCCUUCCUGCAGAAACAUCUGAGUCUUCAGAGAGAUUUUGAUAAGUGGGAUUCACUUGUGGAUGGCAUAGGACCCAAUGUUAUUUCUGGUACCAAUAUCGACUUAUCUCCGACUGAGUAAGGAAUACAAGAAAGUACUUCAAGGGCCCCAUUCAUCAGGACACCAACACUGGCCACCUAUUGCUUGGAGCUGAGAUAGCACUGCCUCCUACACAGCUUUUGGGGUGUGAAACAACCAAAACAAUCACAAUGGAGAGAAACUUAAAGUUCAGAGGAGCUGGUGGGGUUCUCUAAUUUACUGCUUUGCAGGCAGCUGAUAGGAGGAAUCACUUGAUGGUAAUUUAAACAUUUCUGACCUAAAAUCAACUUUACAGGGAUAAAUUAAGCUCCAAGGAAUUCAACUACCCAGUUCUGUCAGUCUGCAGCACCCAGCACAUUUGGGGAUUGUUUUGCCCUGUAAGAAAGAGCUCCUUUGAUUUAUUAAACUACAGAAGAGUAUUUCAGCUCUGCUCCAGGAUCAGCUGGGGCUGGGACAGACUUCACUCCAUGAAGAUGCCACUGGAAGAAGCUCUUCUAAAUUGGCAUUUAAAUGAAUGUCCCAGUAAAAGCUACAUGAAAUAGUGUAGGGUAACUGCCAAAGGAAGAGUUGGAUCUGACAGAGCCUCCCCUGUGAGCUGACCCCUUUUCGUGUUCACACUGCAGUGCUCAGAGGUGGUUUCCACUCCAAAAGCUGCUAAAAAGGUCACUCAGAGCAAGUGUAGUUUCCUGAGGCAGAGCUUCACAGCAGGGCCUCCCCCAUCAAUCCCUGUCUCACCAUCACUAGUAGUGCUGCUGAUUAAACUGUGCAUCUGUUCCACCACUGCUACCCACUCCCUUUAAAGAGGGGCACACAAGCAGUGGUUGAUUGCAGUGAUGUCUCAGAUACCCUCCACGUACUCAUCUUUGUUCAGGUGCUGGCACUGCUGUCUGUAGGUGCCAGCAGACACUGGGGGCUGUGAAAGGCCAAAUGCAGCUCUGCUUUCCAGAGCAAAACUGCCUGGAGCUGCUACAAGGAAGGACUUGUAGAGGAGAACUACUUCUGACUGUAACCUGUUUGUUCCAAACUAAGGGUGCAAACAAGAUGCAACUGGAGCAGUUAACACUAAUUAAGUAUUUUACAUAGAUCUGAUCUUAAUGUGAGAUUGCAAUGACAGCUGCAGUCUGCUUUUCAAGUAUUAAAUUCUUUACAGCCUA